GCUCGGACGGUUGCCACUGUCGACACAUAGCGUACCACAAACACCCUGACCGGAGGCCACUGCAACGCGGCCUGCCAAAAAAUAUUGAAGAAAACAAAAAACUUCACCCGGCACAAUGAUGCUGGACUCACAGCUGGUGUGGGCACGCGACAUACAGGAUGGCUACAUCCAGGGACGUAUCGUCGAGAUCGGUGGGACCGAGUAUGAGGUGCAGCCGGUUGACAGCAAGCUGCCGAAGCGUAGCUGCAUCCCGGAGGACAUUUUUCCCUCCUGCGAACGACCAUCCGAUAAUGACGAUAACUGCGAGCUGAUGUUUCUAAACGAGGCGACGCUGCUGGACAAUAUACGGAACCGCUACUACAAGGACAAAAUUUAUACCUAUGUAGCGAACAUCCUGAUCGCUGUCAACCCAUACAAGGAAAUACCGGACCUUUAUUCGAAGACAACACUGAAACGGUACAGCGGUAAAUCGAUCGGUGAACUACCGCCGCACGUGUACGCAAUCGCCGAUAAGGCAAUACGCGAUAUGCGCGUGCUCAAGAUGUCCCAGUCGAUUAUCGUGUCGGGCGAAUCGGGUGCGGGCAAGACGGAAAGCACCAAAUAUCUGCUGAAGUUUCUGUGCGAUUCCGUUGCGGCAGCCGGUCCGAUCGAGCAAAAGAUACUGGACGCGAACCCAAUACUGGAAGCGUUCGGCAAUGCGAAAACGACACGCAACAACAACAGUUCGCGGUUUGGUAAAUUUAUCGAGGUGCACUACGACAAACGGUGCCAGGUGGUCGGUGGUCACAUAUCGCACUAUCUGCUGGAGAAGAGCCGUAUCUGCACGCAGAGCCCGGACGAGCGUAACUAUCAUGUGUUUUAUCUGCUGUGCGCUGGCGCACCGCCGGCACUGCGCGAAAAGCUAGCACUAACGAAACCGGACGACUAUCGGUAUCUGUGCGGAUGUACGCAGUACUUUACGCACCCGGACACGGAAGCGCGCAUAACGGCCGCGUACAAGUCGCGUGUGCACAUCACGAAAGGACCGCUGAAGGAUCCGAUACUGGACGAUUACGAAGACUUCCGCCAGCUGGAUGAGGCGCUCGGUCGGCUGGGGCUGGGUGAGAUGGAACGGACGCAAAUCUACUCGCUAGUGGCGGCGGUACUCCAUCUCGGCAACAUUCGGUUCGAGGAAAACCCGGAAGAUUCGAACGGUGGCUGCCGGAUAACGCAGGACUCGCAGGCAUCGCUCAACGUAACGGCACGCCUGAUCGGGGUCGAUCCGUCCGAACUGCGCCAGGCGCUAAUGUCGCGCGUUAUGAAGAGCAAGGGCGGUGGUAUCAAGGGUACGGUCAUCAUGGUGAUGCUGAAGGUGUACGAAGCGAACAAUGCGCGCGAUGCGCUUGCGAAAGCACUCUACUCGAAGCUGUUCGAUCACAUCGUGGCGCUUAUCAACCAGAACAUUCCAUUCAAGGCCGCUAGCUACUAUAUCGGUGUGCUCGAUAUCGCCGGUUUCGAAUAUUUCACGGUUAACUCGUUCGAGCAGUUCUGCAUCAACUACUGCAAUGAAAAGUUGCAAAAGUUUUUCGACGAUAACAUACUGGCAGCGGAACAGGUGCUUUACGCACGGGAAGGUUUGAAUGUGCCGGAAAUUAAAUACACAGACAAUCAGGACAUUAUCGAGCUGAUCGAAUCAAAAUCGAACGGUAUCUUCACGCUGCUGGAUGAGGAAUCGAAGCUGCCGAGACCGUCGUACGCACACUUUACGAACGAGGUACAUUCGGCCUGGACCGGCCACUAUCGGCUGUCGUUCCCGAGAGCUUCCCGGCUCAAGGCGCACCGUUCUUUGCGCGACGAUGAAGGUUUUCUGGUUCGCCAUUUUGCCGGCGCUGUGUGCUACAAUACGAACCAAUUCAUCGAGAAGAACAACGAUGCGCUUCAUGCGUCCCUGGAGGGAUUGGUGCAGGAGUCGGAAAAUGCAUUGCUCAAUGCACUGUUCAGUGGCAGCAGUACCGGCAAGCUGCCGAUAAACGUUGGCAAACUAUCCUUCAUCUCGGUCGGUUCGAAGUUUCGGUCGCAGCUGAGCGAACUGUUGGAAAAGCUGCGUAACAACGGUACCAACUUUAUACGCUGCAUCAAACCGAACAGCCGCAUGAUCGACCAUGAGUUUGAGGGUAGUUUGGCGCUGGCCCAGCUAAAGUACUCCGGCACCAACUCGGUGCUGGAGCUGAUGGAGUAUGGCUAUCCGUCGCGCGUACCGUUCAACGAGCUGUACAACAUGUACAAGAGCUAUCUGCCGCCGGAGCUUGCCCGACUGCCACCGCGCACCUUCUGCGAGGCGAUGCUGAUGUCGCUGAAGCUGAACUCGAACGAGUUCAAGUUCGGUAUCACGAAGGUUUUCUUCCGGCCGGGCAAGUUCGUCGAGUUCGAUCGGAUCAUGCGCUCGGAUCCGGAAAAUUUGAAAGCGAUCGUUGCAAAGGUGAAGAAGUGGUUAAUCCGGUCGCGCUGGAUCAAAUCAGCUUUCGCUGCAAUUUGCGUCAUCAAACUGAAGAAUCGCAUCAUCUUCCGUCACAAAUCGGUCGUGCAGCUGCAGAAGUGUAUUCGUGGCUAUCUGGUGCGCAAGCAGCAUCAGCCACGGUACCGUGGCAUCGCUAAGAUUAGGGCGGUGGAGAACAAUCUGCAAAAGAUGCACGCGAUUGCCGAACAGCUGAAGACGGACCGGGAAAAGAUGCAGGCAAACAUACGGGACGUGCAGGCAAUGCUGACGGUUGCGAUCGCCGCGAUACGGAACAAUCCGAAGAUUGGUGCCGGUGCGAUUGAUCGCCAGUAUGCUGAGAUUAUGCACAGCAUCGAUACCAACAUGAAGCUGAUCAAUGCGCGCCUCCAGGAGCAGCGGAAUGCUGAAGAGCAGGAGCGGCUGAACAAGAUCAAGCUCGCACUAGAGGCAGAGCGCCGUGCCAAGGAGGAAGAAUUGCGUCGCCUCAAAGAAGAAGAGGAAAACCGAAAGAAGAAAACGGAAAUCGAGGCACGCCGCAAGGAGGAAGAAGCGAAACGGCUCCGCCAGGAAGGCGAAGAUCGGAAGGCUGCCCUUGCCCUACAGGCACAACUGGAAAAGGAAGCGCAGGAGGAUAUACAGUAUCGGCAGCAGCUGGAACAGGAGCGUCGCGAUCACGAGCUUGCCCUCCGUUUGGCGCAGGAAUCGAACGGCCAGGUCGAGGAUAGUCCGCCCGCGUUGAGAAACGGUACGCCAGAAGUCACGCCAUUGGGCAACGCAAACCGAUUGAUAAGAUCGGAAGCAAUCCGUGCACAACAGCAGCUGGUUGAGAAGCAAAAGCACGAUCUAUCGAAGUGGAAGUACUCGGAGCUGCGGGAUGCGAUCAACACUAGCUGUGACAUCGAGCUGCUCGAGGCAUGCCGUCAUGAGUUCCACCGUCGGCUGAAGGUGUACCACGCCUGGAAGGCAAAGAAUCGCAAGCGCACGACGAUGGAUGAGAACGAACGUGCACCGCGCAGUGUCAUGGAGGCUGCGGCACGCUCCGGUCCACCAAGGUUGACGCCGAAGCAGGAGAUCGUACCGACCGGUAGCGUCCAUCGUUACUUCCGUAUACCGUUCGUACGGCCGAACAAUGGCGGUCCGGAAGUAGCCACGGCUGUCAAUGCAGAUGACAGCAAGCGGAGUUGGUGGUUUGCCCACUUCGAUGGUCAGUACGUUGCCCGCCAGAUGGAGCUACACACGGACAAGCCGCCGAUACUGCUCGUAGCCGGCAAGGACGAUAUGCAGAUGUGCGAGCUCAGCCUGGAGGAGACGGCCCUGACCCGGAAGCGGGGUGCCGAAAUUCUGGAGCACGAGUUUAAUCGCGAAUGGGAGCAACACGGCGGUAAACCGUACAGCCGAUUGAGCCCGAGAAAGUAGUACGUCGAGCGAUGUCUGGUUGCUGUGUUCCGUACGCGCACUCCGGUCAACUUCGGCGGCGGUGUCGUUUUUAGCUAAAUUAAUGUCCAACUGCUGGACGAACACACUUUCCCCCUGUUUUUGGUCGGAUACAGCCAGAUGACGGAUGAUUCGACGCUACCUUCACUAGGACUUGACGUAUCCUUUAAUCAGUAUCCUUUAUUCCUUGAUUCCAUUCCAACAGUAUUUCACAUACGUUUACUACGCGAAUGGAGUAUUAUUAAUAUUAUAAUGAUUAUUAUUAUUACCAGUAGUGGUACUUCCGGGGUAAAGCGCGUACCGGAACCUUCUUCCAGCCUCUCCGGCGAGAGGUUUUCACUACCUUCAAAAGGCUAGCCUAAUAAUCAGUAAACCAUUUUCAAUUGACUAUUUAAACCACAUCUUCGUUUGCUUGUAUCGCGCGAUUGCGCCGCCAUCUUACAUCACGGUGCUCUAGCGGCAUGUUGUCACGUCAACAUAUAUCUUUCCACUACCGAUUGCAUUUCUUCUCAUUCCAACUUCUUAACAACGCCAAACUAUUAACGGUGCUACUAAAAAGCCUAUCUCCCGAAAACGUUUUAUGCACCACAUUACCUAUGGGGAAAGUGCCAUACGAGAAAGCCGAAGAAAAGUGGUACAGUUUAUGGAAUUUGUAGAAGAGCAGCAAUGUUUUUGUUUUCUAAAUUUCCAACGUCUAGCUACUUUUUCGCUUGCUUUAGUCACCUUCCCUGUACGGUGCAUGUUUGCGGUGUCUUGGUUAGGUGCCUUUUUUAUCAGUAAACGAAACGAUAAUUAAUAUAUAUAUGUAUGUACUAGAUAUUUGGCGGCCCGGUGGUGGAGAUGGUAGCCGCGCCGGACUCUACACGGCCAGGACCCAGGUAUCAAAUCCCAUCCGGACCGGGGGCCCCCACCCCGUACGCAGGACUUGACUACCCUGCUACGAGUAAAUAAAGUCUAGGAAAAGCCAAUAAAUGGCAGGCCCAAGACCUUUUGAGGUUGUAGUGCCACAAAAAGAAUGUACUAGAUAUGUUAAAAAUUGAUGAUUGAGUGCGGAAAUGGAACCGAACCUCCCUUGCACACACACACACAAACUUGUGGCACGGGGAAGGAAAGCGUUGGUACAAGAAGCGUUAGAUGUGCGUAUCCUGUGUGUUUGUGCGUUUGUGAGGAUAAUCAAAAAAAAUAGGAGAAAAACAAAACUUUAAAACAAGAGAAUUUAAACAACGCAAAAGAAAAGAAACAAAUAACGUCUCGAGACUGUUUUUUACUGCUGCUGAUCAUACCUUUAUUAUAUUAUUAAUAAUCUAUAUCGAUUUACCUGGCGGAAUCAUGAUGCAGAACCAGAAUUUAAUAGGAGAAUUUAUUUUGAAUGCUAUAUAUAUAAAAGUGAAAAUUAACCGAAGGCUAAUAACUAUGAAUAAAUGUAAACCGAUGGGUGAUUUCAAAAACCGGUUA